AUGUCUGAUCCCACCAUGAACAGCCCAGAUAACGGCUCGCAUAAGCGCAAGAGAGAUGGCUCCGAGGACUUAGGUCCCGACCCGCAGCGUCUUAACCGCUCUUCCCACGGAAGCAACGGCAGCAUGGAUAACCAGCACAACUUUGGUCACUCUGGCCUCGGAAACUACGACCACGGGCUUCCCAACACUGGCGCCGAACUCAACAUUGAUCAACAAAUUCUUCAACAUGUUGGUCCGCAGAACGGACUGUCCGACGAUAAUGCGUUGACCGCAAAUGCCAAAGCCGCCCUGGCUGCACACACUCCUCAACACAAGUACCCCCCUCCUCCCGACUCCGGCUUCGAUGCGAGCAACCUCACCCAAGGUUUAUCUUUUGGCGAUGAGAUGAACCAGACUCCCAUGGGUGGUGCUCACAACCACAAUUCGACUGCUGCUGCGGUCUAUGCCGCGCGCGAGGCUCAGAGUAUGAACCAGAAGCCUACCGUUGGUUCUCCCGAAUGGCACCAGAUCCGCAAGAACAAUCACAAAGAAGUCGAACGUCGCCGCCGCGAGGCUAUUAAUGAAGGUAUCAACCAGAUUGCUCGUCUUGUACCGAACUGCGAUAAGAAUAAGGGCGCGAUCCUCCAGCGUGCCAUUGAAUACAUCCUGCAGCUCCAGGAAGAAAAGAAGAACAUCGACGAGCAAUUUGAGAAGCACAGUCUGACUGCUAAUCAUGCUAUCGCCGAGAUCAGCGGCUCGAACUCCAAGCUCAAAGGCGAGGUCGCCCGGCGCAACAACAUUGCCCUGAAGUGGCUGACGCGUUGCCGGGAUGCCGGCCUGGAGUUUGAUGAUUACGAGGAGUCAAAAGAGCUAGAGUCACUGGAGAUGGAUUAG